GCCCAAACGCGAAAAUUUCUUGCUGGUGUCGCCGUCGUCGUAGUCGUCGUCGUUUGUCGUAGUAGCCGUCGUUUUCGCACGCACUGUGCUUCAAUGUUUUGCGCGCAAACCGUGGCUUUUUUCGCGGUGGUGAAUUUUAGGUGAAAAUUGCACUCCCGAUCGAUUAUUGCCGACGAGCCCCUCGGUGUGUUUGUUGAUUUAGGUCCACGCAAGGGUCACUCUCACCCGGAUCCGCCACUGUCAUAGCUGUCAUCGCGCUACUGACACGGUUGACAGCAGCUCGCCCCCACCAACGUCACUUUGACCAGGGGGUUGACCCUGUUGCCAAACAGCGGAAGUGCGUUCGUGCGUGUACAUGUGUGUGGGAGUGUGGGAGGAUCAUCACAAGGCAAAGGCAAUCCUUUUCCAGCAUCCCCGCCAGGACGUUGUCGACAGUCCUUUCCGGUUCGUGGUUCAGUGAUUAAACGGGCGUGAAAGUGUUCAUCCAUGGAUUGCACACAGUAAUAAACAGUCGAUUUGCGGGAUUAACGCCGUAGCGGUUUGAAAAAAUGAAACUUUGUUGUGGAAAAUGAUCGUGUAAAGAGCAAGAAACUUUGCCUCCCGGGUCAAGUGGAUCAAAGCAAGCGAAAUACCUCAAGUAGAAAAAAAAUCGAAAUCACAGUAGCAAUCGUGAAGUUUUAGAUCAAAACAAAAAUCUAUGUAGGAAAAGUGCCUUACCGGACCGAAAGCAGGAAUAUAGAUGAUUUUAGAAGCAAAACAUCUCAAAUCAACCAAUAGUACAAAACUAUAUCGAAACACUAUUUUAAACACCAGAAACGUAAACAAAACAAAGUAGGCGGAAAACCGUGAAGAUCGAGUGGAUACCUUUAAUAUCAAAGUAGGCAUUUUAUUUGUCCAGUUACACCCUUGAACAUCAACAAAGUUGGAGCCGACCGCCGGGUUCAGCAGCACGGAUUUGUUGCAUAAAUUUAGCAACAAAUCGUUGGCCUUUGUGGGUCAGCUACCUCAGCUGUACCAAUAUCCACUGCCACCGCCAACGUCGCUGACUCAAUCGGAGGAGGAUACACGGAAGGCAGCAGCAGUCACCGUCGCCGCCAUCAAGAUGGAACCAGUGGGACAAGAAUCAGAACUAGGCUAUCUUCAAGAAAACCAAGCCCAACAGUACGGCGAAGUGAACCAGCUGGGUGGAGUGUUCGUCAACGGGCGACCCCUCCCAAACAGCACCCGGAUGCGGAUCGUCGAACUGGCCCGGUUAGGCAUCCGGCCGUGUGACAUCUCCCGGCAGCUCCGGGUCAGCCACGGGUGCGUCUCCAAGAUACUAGCACGCUAUCACGAAACCGGCUCGAUACUACCCGGAGCGAUCGGCGGCUCGAAACCCCGGGUGACGACCCCCAAGGUGGUGACCUACAUCCGCGAGCUGAAGCAGAAAGACCCGGGAAUCUUCGCGUGGGAAAUCCGAGACCGGUUGCUAUCGGACGGCGUAUGCGACAAGAACAACGUGCCCAGCGUCAGUUCCAUCUCCAGGAUCCUACGGAAUAAACUCGGCAACAUCACCCACCACCACACCGGAAGUCACACCCCGCACACGCCUCACCUCUACAAUUCCAUCUACCCCUCGUACCCGUACACGACCAACUCGCUCAAAUCGGAAAUGUCCUGCGGGGGAAGUCCGUCGCCGCCGACGUCCGGCGUGACACCCAUGCGAUCACCUCACCACCACCACUGUUGGCCCUCGUCGCACUCCGUCACCGACAUCCUGGCCAAUGUGCACCACCAAGCGGCCGUGGCAGCCCUCCGCAAUGGCGGCAACAUGCCGACGUCCCAGUGCCACACGACGCCUCCGCCGCCAUCGCUGGGUUCGGUCGUUCCGAACAUGGCCACCGCCGCCAACAUGCAGCACCAGAUGCAGGACAGUUCCCACCACCAGUCGCCCAACUCGUACAACUACUACAUGUAUCUGCAGAGCGGCGGAAUGCACCACGGUGGGUUGGCCAGCGCAUCCGGAUUAUAGGACACCGCCGACGAACGGCACAGUAGCAGGUCGUCGGCAUCGCUGUUCGCUCAGAGUGUGCUGUUUUAAAAUAGCAAACCGAAUAUGUCUCGUUAGGUCAAAUUUUUGGAAUGGGAGGGCCGGAGGACGGUAAAUGCCGUUCAACUAGUAUAGUGUAGAUAAGUGUUUAACUCUUUUUGUUUAUUUUCGGUUCUUAAGGACGUAACGGGGGAUGUAAUAACUUCCGAAGUGGAACUGUGACAGCUGGUUGAGUAUUGAGGGGAGGGGGGAUUAAGGGAAGAUUUCCUGAGAAAUUUAGUGAGAGAAAAACGUCGAACCAGUGCAAUAUGAACGUAAUAAGGAACCAGUUAAUUUUCUCAGUCUUUUAGGAGGUAUGUUAACAAUUUAGAUACGAACCGUGUAAAUCAAUGAGAACCGUGAACCGUGACUGUUUGGUUGUAAGAUAAUUUAAUCUGUGAAAGUCGACAGGG